CAGCUACACCAAGAAGCACACUACACAAGAAGAACUGGCAAGAGGGGAAGGGAGAUGACGUAAGCGGAUGUGACGUAUUUGGAAGGAUCUGUACGCGAUGGAAUCCCCAGGAGGCAAAUGCGUAUUCCAGUGCCCCUUAAACUUUGAGCCCGCGGCAGAGUAUGAUGGCAGAAGUAGCGGAGACCCUGACACCGAGAUCUGGUUGAUCAAAACUCCAGCAGACUUUAACCCCGAGAGUUUUAACUCUCACCGCUUCCCGCUGUCCGGUUACAAGAAACAAAAAGUAAAGGUUGAUGGGAUCCGGAGGUUUUACCACGUCAGGUCGUCGCCUUGUGAAAAUACCCCGUGCCGCGCUUUCCUUCCACAAGACGUCGAGUCGGGGCAGAAGCUGGCAUGUGGCCCGACGUUCCAGGGGAUUAUCACGCUGGCAGAUGGUCACGCAGACCCCUCAGAGGUCCACCCCAUCCCUGACAGACCUCCGCUAAGGAUUCCUGAAAACCUGAAGCAGAGAUACCGUCCGUUUGGGGCAACUGACCCUCACCGGGUGCAAGUACCUGGAGAAGAGACGCCAUCGCCAGUAACCACCUCCACCAAGAAGAAGAAGAAGGCAAAGAAACGCAAGCAUGACGAGGACAGUUCUUUAAAUAACUAGGACUGGAGAAAUGGGGAGAGGAUAUCACCGCCUGCGCGAUCUGUACAAUAAAGUAGCCUUUAUACAUAUUAA